AAGCUGCAGAGAAGAAAAAACGAUAUAAACGAUAAGUUCAAUGACAGCGGGCGUAUAUGCGCGUGGGUUGAGUACUGCCGUUGUCGAUUCGAGCGACAGCGAACCGACAGAAAUGUGAUAAAAGCAGCCAAGCAUAGAAGGUUCGUUUUGUUGGAAAACUAUAACUCCGUAGAAAUUAAUGAAAUUUUGAUCGCUACUUUGCCAUUCAAAAGAUCAACGAUUAGCGGAUACAAUGUUCCUUUCAAUCGACCGUUUUCGAUCGUUUGCUAUCGAUCGGUAGUCUCAAUACGGCCCCAUGCAUGAUGGUUGAUUGCCGUCCCUUUGACAUAUUGCGUUGUGAAAGAUAAACAUUGCGAACGUACUAAAAACGGAAACGGGCAGGAAAACAUUGGCCACCUGGUAAAGAUAAAUGUGAUAUGCUGCGGUGUUGAACGUGUGCGCAAAUCUGCAUGAUAAGUGCUGCUCACCUUUGAUCCCAUCGCCCGAACCACGUUCGAACCGAUCCGCCAUGUCGUCUCCCUUGGCCGAGGUGCAGAACCUCUACGAACGAUACGUGAAAUGGGUAUCGGGUAAUCCGUCCGCCCUGGCGGACGUUGAACUGACGGUCAAGUGGCUUUCGUACUUUGUGGCUGGCAAAAUUAACAACUCUUCCGCCGUCUCGGAGCUGGUGUACUCCCUGUCCAACUUGCUGGUGUUUUUCAACGACCGUAUAAUCGAGAAGGCGAGUAAAAAAACGCCCGACGACACACAACCCCUAGAACGGCACCUGAAUGUGCUGCUCACGACGCUGGAGUACUGUGAAGUGUUUAUAGAGCUGUCCGCCCAUAAAGUGUGGGGCACGAGCGGGCGAUGGUUUUUCAUCGUUGUCAUGCAAACGAUAAAAUGCAUAGGCAGACUGAUUCUAACGCUAUUUUGCCAAAAUACGAAAAUCGUUCGCAACCCACCGAUUCCGGCGCUGAAUCGCAAAACAAUACAAACAGACCCCCACCACCAUGAUCAGCCCCAAUCGGACAAUGCAUCAUUCCGUGACAAUCUGGCGGACGGAAGUUCCGCCAUCGUGCUGAAGCGUUCGGGGCGCGUGAUGCGCAAAGUGAACUGUUCACCUUCGCUCACGUCACGAUCGUGGAAACCGCCGGCAACGGGGAGCUCUUCUCACCAGCCGGCCGAGUACGGUGGGAAGUUUCUCGUGUCGGCCGAGAUGCUCUACAUUGCCAAACCGCUCAUCCAUCUGGCGAGCAUGAGAAAGUUUGGGACGAAAAGCUGGACCAGCUACCUGAUCGCGCUGGCGCUGGACAGUGCCAGCCUGCGGAUGUACUACAAGAAUCGCGAAGUGCUCUCGAAGGACCAGCGGGUGGAACUGUCGCGAAGGUGUGUAUCGAUGCUGCUGUACCUGAUGCGGUCACCGUUCUACGAUCGCUACACGCACGACAAGAUCGCGUGCCUGCUGAACGGCAUUGGGAACAACGUGCCACUGACGGGCAGCAUUGCGCGGCUCAUACUUUCCUACAUUCCGCACUGGCAGGAGACGUACUUCUAUAUGUGGUCGACGUAACGGGGAUGGACGAUUCGCGCGCUUGGUUGGCCCAACGAAGCCGCAAGCAUUAGGCUUAAUGGUUGAUGCAGUUAAACGGGGGUUUCGGUGCAUACAUGGGGGGUUAGGUUUGUUGGGAGUUCUGUGGUCUCGCAAGCAGCAGGCAGGAUACAAGAAAACAGCAUAUUAAAUAAACGAUUUUGUCUACCAA